AUGUCUGACAAACCUGGUUUUGAAGGGAAAAAUUGCAUUGGGGAUGAGCAUUACUUACCCACAUUCUUUCAGAUUGUUGAUCCUGGUGGAAUUGCUAAUUGGUCAACAACUCAUGUUGACUGGUCUGAGAGAAAGUGGCAUCCAAAAUCAUAUACAGCUCGAGAUGUUACCUAUGAGCUUUUGAAGAAUAUCACGUCCAUAGAUGUUAGCGUGCAUGUCUCCAGUGAUGAGAAGAGAGAAGUACAAAGUUGGCCUUGCUUAUGGAAUGGGAUUCAGAAGCCAUGCUAUCUAUUUGCUAGGAAAUUCACUCCUGGAACACUGGACAGAUUGUCUACUGGCAUCACAGGGCAAAAAGAAGUGAAGGAAGAUGAAAAUGGUAGUUUAAGAGAUUUUGGUUCAUCAGAGUCUCUGAGAUAUGGUGACUCCCCUCCACCAAAGAAGAAGGAGCCUGUAAGAAAGUGCAGAGGUGGUCAGGGACUUUGUGGUUUUCAGUGCAAUGAUGGCUGCUGCAAUUCAAAAUGUGCUGCCAAGUACAAACAUGGUGUAGGGUUUUGUGAAAUCUAUGGUCCGUACAACAUAUACUUAUGUGUUUGUAAUUAUGUCUGUUCAGCUUUAAAUCAGGGCAUGUUUUGA